CUCAUCUUUUAUUUUGGUCGCACAAAUCUGAGAGAGAGAGAGAGAGAGAAAAUAUAUUUGCAGACAGAGAAAGAGAGAGCUGUUGAGUGUGAAAUAGAGAAGACAAUGGGAUGACUUUCACCAUCAUUUCGCAAACUCUUGCUUCUUCUUCUUCGUGUUUAACGUCUAUAAGACUACACAAAAGUUAGAGAUCCAGCAAUCUCCAGAGUUUUGUAGGUGAAGAAAGCUUAACAAAAGAGAGAUCAAAAGGACUCUUCAGUUAGCAGGAUAAUUAGCAGAUUCUGGCCUGGAACCCUUACCUCGCACUUGACCACCCUUGGGUGAAGUCUAGACCACUCUUUGUCCUUGUUGCAGCCGGUGUUAUGGCUACCGUGCUGCAUUCCGAGUCGAGGCGCUUGUACUCCUGGUGGUGGGAUAGUCACAUCCCCAAAAACUCUAAAUGGAUCCAACAGAAUCUUGCAGAUAUGGAUUCCAAAGUCAAGGCCAUGAUUAAACUCAUCGAAGAGGAUGCAGAUUCUUUUGCGAGAAGGGCAGAGAUGUACUACAAGAAACGCCCAGAGCUGAUGAAACUUGUUGAAGAAUUCUACAGAGCUUACCGUGCAUUAGCGGAGAGGUACGACCAUGCCACCGUGGAGCUUCGUCACGCUCACAAAACCAUGGCCGAAGCGUUCCCUAACCAAGUGCCCUUCGACAUGACUGAGGAUACUGCUUCUUCCUCUUUUUCUGAGCCACGCACGCCUGAUAAAAUGCCACCUGGACUCCAGCCCUUUUAUGACUCUGACGGUACCACAAGUAGAAGAGGGUUAAGUCAGCUGAGUGAGUGCGUCGGAAGUUCCGAAACAGAAGUUGAAAGUUUGAAGAGAGCUUUGGUUGAGCUUGGGGCUGAGAAGGAAGCCUUGAAUCUUCAGUAUCAGCUGAGCUUGAACAAAUUAUCAAAACUAGAAGAAGACCUUAAAGACGCUCAAAAGGAUGUUAAUGGGCUUGGUGAACGUGCUAGCAAAGCUGAGAUUGAGAGUAAGAUACUUGCACAAGGCCUUGCGAAGCUUGAAGCCGAGAGGGAUGCUGCGCUUCUUCGUUACAAUCAAGCUAUGGAGAAGAUAGCAGAUCUGGAUGAAUCAUUUGCUCUUGCCCAAGAAGAUAUAAAGGGGCUCACUAACCGAGCAAUUAAAGCAGAGACAGAAGCGGAGAGUCUCAAGGAAGAGCAAAGUAGAUUGCAUUCUGAGAUGGAAGCUGGCUUAGCGCAGUACAAUCAAUGCCUUGAGAUGAUAUCUACUCUAGAGAAGAAGGUGAAAGAGGCCGAGGAGAACGCUCAAUUGUUUAGCAAUCAGUCUGCAAAGGCAGAAGAUGAGAUUAAAACAUUGAGACAUGAGCUUCUGAAGGUGAAUGAAGUGAAGGACGGUUUGAUUAUUCGCUACAAGCAGUGUUUGGAAACGAUAUCCAAGCUAGAGAGAGAAGUUUCUCAUGCUCAAGAAAAUGCCAAAAGACUCAGUAGUGAAGUUCUUGCUGGAGCUGCAAAAUUGAAGACUGUAGAGGAGCAAUGUACUGUUUUGGAGAGCUCAAAUGAAACUUUGAAGCUAGAAGCAGAUGGUCUAACACACAGAUUAGCAGCUAAGGAUCAAGAACUUAUCCAGAAGCAAAACGAGCUUGAAAAGUUUCAAGGUUUGAUCCAAGAAGAGCACUCUCGGUUUUUGGAAAUUGAAGCCAGUCUUAGAAGUUUGAAAGCUUUGCAUUCUCAGUCCCAAGAGGAGCAAAAGGUUCUCGCAUCGGAACUUCAAAGCAGGGUUGAGAUGCUGAGGGAGUUAGAGACUCGUAAUCAUAGCUUGGAAGGCGAGAUCAGCUCAGUCAAAGAAGAAAAUCGAAACAUAAGUGACUCUUCUAUGAUCUCCCUUGAGAAUCAGAAAUGCGAGAUUUCUAGCUUGAAGGAAGUUAAAGGAAGACUCGAGCAAGAAGCAGCUAGACAGAUUAACCAAAGCAGUGCCCUCCAAGAAGAGAUCCGUCGUCUGAAGGAUGAAAUCAACUGCUUGAAUAGAAGGUAUCAAGCAAUAAUGGAGCAAGUGAAACUCGCUGGAUUGGAACCUGAAUCCCUUGCCUGCUCUGUGAGGAAGCUACAAGACGAAAACUCAAAACUGACUGAGUUGUUUAACCUCCAAAGAGAUGAUACAGAUGCUCUUACCGAGAAGCUGUGUGAAAUGGAUGACAUUCUAAGGAAGAAUGUUGGUCUAGAGAAACUGCUUCUGGAAUCAAACACUAAACUAGAUGGUUCUAGGGAGAAGGCAAAUGAUCUGCAAGAAAGGUGUGAGUCUUUACGAAGAGAGAAAACUGAGUUUAUUGGCGAGAGAGCUAACUUGCUUUCUCAAUUGCAAAUCAUGACUGAGAAUAUGCAGAAGCUCUUGGAAAAGAACUCGUUACUGGAGACAUCCCUCUCUGGUGCAAACAUUGAGCUUCAAGGUGUAAAGGAGAAAUCAAAAUGCUUUGAAGAAUUCUUCCAGCUUCUCAAAAACGAUAAGGCCGAGCUCACAAAGGAAAGAGAAUCUCUCAUCUCUCAGUUAAACAGUGUUAAGGAGAAGCUAGGAGUUUUGGAGAAGGAAUUCACUGAACUGCAAGGAAGAUAUGCUGAUCUACAGAGGGACAAACAGUUCGAAAAUAUUCAAGUGGAAGAGUUAAGAGUCUCACUAGCCACAGAGAAGCAAGAGCGUGCGAGUUACGAAAGAUCAACUGACACCAGAUUGGCAGAUCUGCAGAGUAACGUGAGCUUUCUUCGAGAAGAGUGUCGCUCCAGGCAAAAAGAGUUUGAAGAAGAGCUUGACAGAGCUGUAAAUGCACAAGUCGAGAUCUUCAUCUUGCAGAAGUUUAUAGAAGACUUGGAGCAGAAGAACUUUUCUCUCGUGAUUGAGUGCCAGAAGUAUGCGGAGGCGUCAACGUUCUCAGAGAAACUCAUUUCUGAGCUUGAAAGCGAGAAUCUUGAGCAACAGAUGGAAACAGAGUUCUUGCUGCAUGAGAUUGAUAACUGCAGGGGUGCAAUCUAUCAAGUGUUUAAGGCACUCCAACUUGAAGCAGAUUGUGCAAAAGAGCGAGUUCCAGUUUCACGCAUCUUGGGUGAAAUCAAUGAACUGAAACGUUCACUUUCCAUCUCUGAAUAUGAGAAGCAGCGGCUUGUGAUUGAGAACUCUGUUCUCUUAUCUCUACUUGGACAGUUCCAAUCAGAUGGCAUGAAGGUGGAAUCAGAGAAAGAGAAUGCAGAGAAAGAUCUGAAGACGAUGGUACAUCGCUAUGGGAUGCUGAAAAAGGACAGGCUCGAGCUGUUGGAACUGAACCGCCAGUUGAAAGCAGAACUGAUGAACAAAGAGCAGCGGGAGCUGGAGCUAAGAGCUGAACUGCAAACCGAGCAUAUAAAAUUUGAGAGUUUGCAUGAGUCAUACAUGGCUUUGCAUCAAGAUUACUCAAAUGUUCUCGGCAAAAACAAAACUUUGGAGCUGAAAUUCUCAGAGCUUAAAGGUGAAAUGCGUAUACUUGAGGAAGAGAACGAUGCCAUUCUUCAAGAAGCUGUUUCCUUGAACAACAAGUCUGUGGUUUACCAGUCAUUUGGGUCUGAAAAGGCUGAAGCGUUUGCUGUAAACCUGAGAAGUUUACAAGAUACUAAUAGGGGGCUGAAGCAGAAGGUUGAGACAUUGGAGGAGAAGUUAAAAGGGAAAGAGGUGGACAGUCAGGACCUUAAUAGCAAGCUGGAGAAGUUACAGGAAAGCCUCGAAGAAGCCAACGAGCUAACUGAUCUCUUAGAACAUCAGAUUACAGAUAAAGAGGAAAUCAUGAGACAGAAGGCGAUAGAGCUCCUGGAAGCCGAAGAGAUGCUCAAGGCUACACACAAUGCAAAUGCGGAACUGUGCGAGGCAGUUGAAGAGCUGAGGAAAGACUGUAAGGAAUCAAAACAACUAAGGAGAAAUUUGGAGAGGCGGAUCUCUGAACUGGUUGAAUGCAGUGGGAGACAGGAUGAAGAGAUUAAAAAGCUUAGCAAUGUGAAGGAGAAUCUGGAGGUUGAGGUAGAGUUGCUACACAAGGAGAUCCAAGAACAGCGAGUCCGAGAGGAGUUUCUGAGUUCGGAGCUGCAGGAGAAAAGCAAUGAGUUCGGACUCUGGGAUGCGGAGGCAACAUCUUUCUACUUUGAUCUACAGAUCUCAGCUGUCCGUGAAGUUUUGCUGGAGAACAAAGUUAAGGAACUCACUGGAGUUUGUGAAAACCUCAAAGAUGAAGCUGUUUCAAAGACCACAGAGAUAAAGCAGAUGAAAGAAACAGUUGGAUUCUUAGAAUAUGAAGUGACUGUGCUGAAGACUCAACUGUCUGCCUAUGAUCCCGUGGUAGCAUCCCUAGCAGAAGAUGUUAAAUCCCUGGAGAAAAAUGCUCUGUUGUUGAUGAAACUCCCUGCGCCAUCUGAUCGUUGCAGAGAGGAUGAUGAGGAUUCAGAAGCAGAAGUCUCUCAAGGGCGUAGCAGUACCAACCAAGACAAUGGAAUUGUGCUAUUGCAGGACAUGAGAACAAGAGUUAAAAUCAUCGAGCAAGCAGUUGUUGGGGAAAAGAAGAGGCUUGGAAAGCAGAGAAGACGAAGCUCUUCGCACAGAAGCAGAGACCGCAGGCUGCUUGAAGAGACUGAACAUGAGGACAAAGUCUCUGGUGAAUUCAGACAGCCUAGAUCACCUGCAAUAACUGAGAUGAGAAAUAGCUCAUUGAUGAAAGACAUUCCCCUUGAUCAUGUUGCAGACUCUCCUUUCUAUGGAAGAAGCCGGAGAACUAGCCGUGGCUCCAAUGACCAGAUGCUUGAGUUAUGGGAAGAAUCUGCUGAGCCAGAAUCUAGCAUCAAGUCUCUGAUGAACAAUAAGAACUCAAAGAAGCCUACCCUUCCCCGUCUUCACCGCAGAAGCAGGAAUCCGUCUAUUGAAUCACAGUCUGAGAAAGUUGUUGACAAGUUAGAGUUAUCUAAAAGCGCUGAGGAGAACGCAAAGAUCAUGGAGAGACUUUUGGCUGAUUCUCGAAGACUUGCAAGCCUUAGAGUCAUCCUAAGAGAUCUGAAAAGCAAGCUGGAUCUGAGCGAGAAACCAGGCAAGUUCACUAAUCCCGAAUUUGCUAGAGUGAGGAAGCAGCUGAAAGAAAUAGAAGACGUCAUCCUUCAGCUUGAAAACACAAACGAGAUUCUUGCCAAGGAAAUUGAGGAGACUGGAGACGCAAGAGAUAUCUACAGAAAGGUGGUUAUAGAGAAGUCGAGAGUUGGAUCAGAGAAGAUAGAGCAGAUGGAGCAAGAAAUGCAGAGCAUUGAGAGAACAGUGCUAAAGCUUGAAGAUGGAGCAGCCAAAAGUAAAGGAAAGACAAAGUUCUCUGAGAGUAGGACAGUGAUACUCUUGAGAGACAUUAUCCACAAGGGUGGGAAACGAACAGCAAGGAAGAAGAAAAACCGUUUCUGUGGCUGCAUGAGAUCUUCUUCAGCUAAGGAAGAGUAGGGUUGGAUAAUAAUGUAACAUCAUCUAGUUUACUAUCUAUUUUUCACUUUGAUCAUCGAACUGACUCUAGAAGAACUUUGUGGCAUGGUUUCUGAAAUAGUAGAGUAAAUUAGUAACUUUGUCGCUUCUGUUUAACUGUCUGUAUCAAACUUAGCACAUCUCAGACUAUUUUUGGAUGGUUUUCAUUAA